ACAAAUCAAAGAGAUCGAUUGUAACAGAAAACAAAAUUCCAAACCUGUUGAGAUAAGACGGGCGGCUUUGCAGAGAGACAUGGUGUUCCGAGGCGACACGGUGAUGUCCGUAGCCCAUUUAUCGGCGGAUAUAUUUCAGCGGUUACGGAUGAUUCCGUCGUCUGAUAGAAUCAGAAGCAGCGAGAUGUUGCAGCUCGUUUGCUGUUUUCCGCUUCAACAAUUGGGUCGAUUCGUGUUGUGGUUCUGGAAUUACAUCUGUGUUGCACCGCCAGAAAUUGAUGAUGAUUGGGAUGACGAUGAUGAUUCAUCAUCAUCAUCUUCUUCUUCUUCCUCUUCGGUUGUUAAUCAUCGGAACUACUAUCAUCUUCAUUUAGAGUGACCAAAUUGCAUUUAUCAGAUCAGUGAACUAUCUCAAAAAAUUCACUUGGGUCUAUUUUCGGUUGAAGUUUAAAGCUUUGUUGUGUGUGUGUGUGUCUACUGUCUACUGUUUUCUUGCUGGACUUUUUUUCUUCAGGUUUGAGGAGUUUAAAGGAAUCUAAUUCACUAUUUUGCAGCCAUUUUCAAUUGAAGAAAAGCCUCUUUCCCCAAAAACGUGAAAGGUUUUUAAAAGUUUCCGAGUGUUCUGAGGUACUUCAUAUGGGGACCGAACUUCAAAUUCUUGAAGAAUCCUCUAGUAUAUCACUCUUAAUGUUCCUUCCAGUUAUUUAACUAAGGUGUUUGUUAGAAUUCGUUUAUGUUUAAAAAGUUGAAUAUAUAUUAAAACAAUUAUGUUUAGUGAACCAUUUAAUUUAUAAUUUUCCCAUCUCA